AUGAAGGAACUAGCAGCUUACGCCAAACCUCAAGAGUCCAAGAUCAAGUACCAGUACUUGGGACAAUCAGGACUCAAAGUCUCCCAGAUUAUUCUCGGAGCAAUGUCUUACGGCUCUUCCAAAUGGCAGGAUUGGGUUUUGGAUGAGGAGCAAGCAUUGCCUCUGCUCAAGCAUGCCUACGACAGCGGCAUUACAGCGUGGGAUACAGCAGAUGUUUACAGCAAUGGACGCAGUGAAGAGAUUAUCGGUGCUGCGAUCACCAAGUACAAUAUCCCUCGCUCCCGCCUUGUGCUAUUGUCCAAAUGCUACUUUGGCGUUACUGAUGACGAUAACUCCGUCCAUCAGCCCAAGAUUCCAGAGAUGAUGAACAAUGAUGGCGACUUGGUGAACAGAGUUGGACUUUCCAGAAAGCAUAUCUUUGAUGCUGUGGAAGCUAGUGUCAAGAGACUGGGUACUUAUAUCGAUGUACUACAGAUUCACAGAUUGGACAGAGGAGCCCCGAAGAAGGAAAUUAUGCGGGCAUUGAACGAUGUCGUUGAAAAGGGAUGGGUCCGCUAUAUCGGUGCCUCUUCAAUGGCAGCUUGGGAGUUCCAAGAACUGCAGAACAUUGCCGAAACCCACAACUGGCACAAAUUCAUCAGCAUGCAAAACUACCACAACCUCCUCUACCGCGAGGAAGAGCGCGAAAUGAUCCCCUACUGCAAACACACCGGCGUAGGUUUGAUUCCUUGGUCCCCCAUGGCCCGCGGCGUCCUCGCCCGCCCCUGGUCCUCUCGCUCCACCACCCGCGAAGCCUCCGACAACACUCUCAAGGCGCUCAUCCGCGGCAAGGAAAACGAAACCGACGAAAAGAUUGUCAACAAGGUUGAGGAGAUUGCAAAGAGAAAAGGCAUCUCUAUGGCUGCGGUGGCGGUUGGGUGGAGUAUAGCCAAAGGCGAUAUUCCGAUUUUGGGAUUGAGUAGUAAGGAGAGGAUUGAUGAGGCUGUGGAGAAUUCUAAGACGGUGUUGAGCGAGGAGGAGAUUGCUGAGUUGGAUGGGCUUUAUAUGCCGAAGGCCGUUAGUGGAUACUAA